AAGGAGAGCGAGAGAGUCAAUGCUCUUUCGAAAUAUCUACCCGUCAAAUUAACACCUUCCCAAAGGUUGUCACCUCUCUCUCCUACCUGCUUACUAGCAAAGGGAGGAGAUAAGUCAAAGCUCCCCUUAGAGAUAGGACUAUUCACAACCUCUCUACCUGAAAUCUGAUUGCUCGACUAGCUGCGUAUGAUAGUCACGUCUGAGACUAUUCAUGCUAAAAGGAGCAAGAAUCCAACGCCCUUGACAACCGUUAGACUUCACUGAUGUCAUCAUCAGCAAGACCAGGCAGUACAAGGAGCAGGAGAAUAAAAUCUGCUACUGCUAGGAUGAUAACACCUCCGGAUCCUAAUUACCUCAUCAUUAAACCUUCCCCUAAACAGGAAAGCGUUAAAGAGAAACGAAUUGACUCAGCCAAACUCAACCGCGAGAAGAACGAGUCGUCAAAGAAAGUAUUUCCACAGCCAACCUCACAAGACAAGACAAAGGAGAGAUACAGGAGCAUUUAUAAUAAGGACUUUGAAGGAUCUUACACAACACCGUUAGAACCACGUCCUACGUCACCUACUAGAAGAAACAAUCCACAUCCAAGCCAGCAAUUUAUGGUAUGGAGGGUACCAACAAGAGAGAUUGGGGCACAGUUCAGGCCAGGCAGUUCUAUGGGUGGGCCUGUUAGAGAUGAUGAAAGUGAGUUUGAUGACAUGGAGAGCUUGUAUGAGCGUUACAAGAUGCCAUUACCUCAGCCUUCAAGCAUGGACUAUGGAGCUUACCUGAGGGAAAUGAGACAAAAGCAAGCAUUACAACAGCAGCAGCAAAUGCUCCAGCAACAACAAAUGCAGCAAUUUGUAGGAGAUAGGGUUCCCUCUAGGCUCUCACAGAGAGGAGGAGACUAUGACCCAUACAGAGGUCCAAGACAAGGGCAGCAUAUACUGAGCAGGACUGUCAAAGAAUCCAAUCAAGACAAUCUCAUGGAAUGGCUUAAAACGGCAUCUCCUGAAGAGCAAGGCACUAUUUUGAGGAUGCUGAAAGAAGCUGAAGAAGGUCAAGCAAAGCAGGCCAUCAGUCAGGUCAUGAAGCCUGGAGCUGCCAAAGCUGCAUCAGAAUGGCUCUCCAAAGCAGACCAAAAUGAGAGAGAGGUUGCUGUCAGACUCUUUAGUUCUCUUGGUAGCAGAUCUGGCCCUAGACAAAGGUCAAUCUCAGAACCAGGCUUGAGGCCACUCUCACGUCGCAAAUCACUUCCAAACCCACCAAGGAACAUAGAUCCUGCUGAACAGCAGCUCACUUCUCCAACGGUUGAGGGAAAGCCAUGGCCCAAGUCACUCUGGCACCAUCUGCCUGUCCGUGAUGCACCGCCAAGAGUGUAUCACAGAGGAUCAUUGUUUGGUAAAGCAACUGGCGGUGCAUCUCAUUACACCAUUCACCCAGAGUGGCCUGAUUAUCAGCAGUCUGGGUUCAACUCUGAUGCUGUACACUGAAACAAAACAAUAUAUGCACAUCAUACACUAUACAUUACACAUGAAAAACAUUAAUAUACUAAUAACUUAAAAUGCACAAACAAGCAAUGACAUAUACCUUUACUACUAUUAUGCAUGUUAAUUAUAAUAGCCAUAUUUUAAUAUUUAGUGUCA